AUGACUUUCCGGCCAACCGAGAGUCGUCGAAGCAUCUACCGAUUCGGCCCCAAACGACGUAGACCUGCCGUCGAGAGCGCACUCGCCAGCAGUUCCGAUGCCCCAGAACUAUACAAACCGCAGCGUCUGAGGGGUAUGCUGGCAAACUUACCGGAAAUGCCCCUGGAUAUUCUCUAUGAGAUUUUCAGUUACUUGGCACCUGCAGAUAUCCUCAAUCUUUCCUGGACCUCGAAGGGGCUACAUGAUGCGCUCGUGCGUCGCUCGGCCCAAUACGUUUGGAAACGAGCUAGGGCGAAUGUACCGGGGCUUCCUGAUUGUCCGGAAGAUCUCACGGAACCGGCGUAUGCUCGUUUAUGUUUCGAUGACCAUUGUGAGGUACGUGCCGCAUCUUCCGCUCCAUGA